AUGUUCAGCAACAACAAGAUCUUCGCACUUUGCAUCGCCGUCGUGGCUCUCUCAAGUCAUGUGCAGGCCGAGAAGCAAGUGGCCGAGACGUUUGGACUACUCGGUGUACCUGGUGUCGGUGUCGGUGUUCCCGGUGUCGCUAGUGUAGGAGUGGGUGGCCCCGGUUACGUUGGACCAGGUGUUGAUGUCGGCGUCCCGGGCGUUGCUAGCGUUGGUGUCGGUGUGCCUGGUGUCGGUGUGGGUGUAAACGGCGUUGGUGUUGGCGUGAAUGGUGUCGGAGUUGGGGUGGGCGUUCCGGGUGUCGCUAACGUGGGUGUGGGUGCUUCCCCUGUAGUCGGAGUGAACGGUGUCCAUGUUGGUGCACCUGCUACCGUUGUCCACGACGGUGUCGACGUCGGCGUUGGAACUGGCGCGAGCAAGACUGUGACCGUGACGAGUGAUGACGGUGCCAGCACGGCGAAGACGUCCACCGGUACGGGUGGUGCGUCGGCGACCGCCACUGCAAGCGCUUCUGCGAACGCGAAUGCUGGUGCGAAAGCCGAAACCGGUGCCACAUCUCAAAAAUCGUACCGCAAGCUUCGCUUGGAGAAGUGA